AUUUUUCGAAAUAUUCCAGUGUUGCCCUUCUAACUCGGAAACCCUUCUCGUUCUUCCUCUUCAGGAUUCGGUCGCUCUUCUUCCCGCAUCGGUGACUGUCGUCUCUCAUCCUCCAGUAGUCGUGGACGCCGCCUGGUACUGCAGCCACCGCUGCUGCCGCCGACUCACUCCCUCUAUCUAUCUUCCUUGUCAUCAGGAAAAACAAACAUAUCUCCAAAAUCAGCUGAGACUCUCAGUUUCAUUGCUGUGAAUGCUGAACAGACAGCCACAAGGCUGUUUCUGAUCUGCUGUGAACAGACCAAAGGGAAGCUGUGGUGGUGUCAUCUCUUCUAGGACAGGCCUCUUCCAUUAUAACCGUUGGACCUUGCCAAAAGUUCUGCAAAAUGUUUGGCGUGCGUGGUUCUACUGGAAUUGUUUCUGAUGUUGUUUACCAGAUUCGUCAAACUUUAUCGCUUCAUGGCGUACGAGCACAAUAUAUAAACAUUGGAGGUGGUGUUGGAGGCGAGAUCCCUGACAACAAGCGCCUUCAAUAUGCCCUGCAGCGCAUAUAUGGAAUUGGCCGUUCUAAAGCUCACCAUAUUGUCUGUGAGCUUGGGGUUGAGAACAAAUAUGUCAAGGACCUAAGUAAGAGAGAGUUAUAUACCCUUCGAGAAUUACUCUCCAAGUAUCUGCUCGGAAAUGACUUGAAAAGGUGUGUUGAGAAAGAUAUAGAAAGGUUGGUCAGUAUUCAGUGCUACAGGGGUUUCAGACAUGUGGAUGGGUUACCCUGCAGAGGACAACGCACACAUACAAAUGCUCGCACCCGGAAGAGCAGACCUGGUUUUGCUGCAUCAGGAUCUGUUCAGUAGACUGAUAAGUCAUGUUUCUGCAAUGCAAUGAACAAUUUGAAUUAGCUUAUGAUAGUAAUCAUGAUGUUACUGCCCUUCCUUCGUAAUUCUUGGCAGCAAGUUUAGCUUUGCUUGACUAGAAAACCGGGACGUGUCUCACCAUGUGUUGAAUUUUCUUGAUUGCUUUCUGGUUUUAGUUGUCCAAUAAUGGUUAACAUGUUCUCUCGUAAAUGAAGAUUUAUAAUCUUGUGGGAUUGAUGCUACUAA